AUGGAGGAGCUGGUGGGGGGGCUGGUAGAGGCCAUCGGCAUCAAUUUCAACCACUUCCAGAUUGAGAAGCUCUUGAACAAACCCGGACUGAAAUAUAAACCAGUGACUAACCAGGUAAAUUCUGUUUAUGUCACCCGUGCCUCAUAGGAGAAACUGAUCCAGUACUGCCCACUCCGAGGCAUCACCAUUCACGGCCACCACAGCCCCCUGGGCUCUCCGGAUGAACCUUGGUAGGCCAAAUGAGACCCCCUUCCUGUGGAGGAUCCCAAGAUUAAGGAGAUUGCUGCAAAGCACAAGAAAACUGCAGCCCAGGUUCUGAUCCAUUUCCAUAUCCAGAGGAAUGUAAGUUACUUGAUCCCCAAGUCUGUGACACCGGCACGUGUAGUUGAGAACAUUCAGGUCUUUGACUUUAAAUUGAGUGAUGAGGAGAUGGCAACCAUCCUCAGCUUCAGCAGAAACUGGAGGCCUGCACCGGUUUGCAGUAAGUGGCAUGGAGUUAACUGGGCAUUGCAGGAGUUUUCUAAACUGGUAAAAAAAGCGGUGGUGGCCAUUGAUGCAGGAUGUUCCCGUGGCUAUGCCUAUGUCUAUCAGAAUGAACAUAAGUGGAAGCCAUCCAAGAGAAGAUCAAGAGCAGGCUGUAGGCGGAGGACCUGUUCAUGCGUCAGCAGGGUGCAUAUGGCGCAUUGG